UUCCUGCGGGCGCGACGCGACCAAGAAGUCAGCAGAGUCCAAAACCACUGCAGCGCCGCUUGCUGAAACCGGGAAGCACCGCCCGAUUUGUACGCGGCUCCAAUGCUUGCCGGUAGUUCAUAAGCGCUCUCUAGCUUGAUUGCGAAAUCCAGAGCACGAGACAUGCCAAGAACCAACGCUGGCUGCUAGAUUAGCUUAGCAAUGCCGGGUGCUUCCGGAUCGACGGACGUCGCCUGCGAGUACGACGGCGUCGGCGUGGCCCUCGAGCUCGCCGCCCUCGCCGCCUUCGUCGUCCUCCUGCGGUACGCGGCGGUGCUCUACGCGAACCACCUGCUCGCCACACUGUGCGUCGACGUCGACGACGACGGCCUCCCCGCGGGGACGCGGAUCGACGGCCGCUGCGCUUCCUCGGGCCUCGACGACGCCACCAUCGCGCGGCUGCCCUGCUUCGUGAGCCCCGGCGCAGGCGCGGCGGCGGAGUGCGCGGUGUGCCUGGGCGCCGUCGAGGAAGGCGAGACGGCGCGGGCGCUCCCCUGCUGCACGCACGCGUUCCACGCGCGGUGCGUCGACGCGUGGCUGCGCCUGCGCCCGACGUGCCCCGUGUGCCGGGCGACGUGCCGCUGAGACGCGCGGCGCGGCGAGCCGGGGCUCAAGAUUUGGGCGCUCAGCGGCCGCUCGACGCUGAAGGCGUCGGCGUCGCUCGUCCUCAAUUCCUCAUCACCUCGUGGGCCGCCUUCCGAGACACGAUCAGCAUGGCCGGCCCAUGUGCUGCGCUCCGGACCAGUACGAUGAUGGGCCUAAAUCCGUAAUGGGCCCAAAUGUUUAAGCCCAAUUUGUCUGUCUCCAUAUUUCCUUCA